UCAACAGCUGCAGGCCCGUCCACAGGCCCAGUGCCUCGGGGGAGAGCAGUAUGAAAAUCUAGGCCACUGCCAUUUGGCCCUCUUUCUCAGUCCACAAGCACUGUGCUAUACUGAGCCUAUCCCAAGUCAGGACCUCCACCAGUAUUGUGGGACAGUAGAGGAGCUGACCUGUCCAGACUCACCCCUACCCAGAGCAUUGGCUUGGGGACCAACAGGGUGAAGCUUUGGUUCUUCAUUCUUUUUCCCAGUAGCAGAACUUAGAAGACUGAAUCUUUGGGACAUUAUGAAGAAGGACACAAAGGUGAAGAUCACUUUCCUAGUGAUCCUAGUGGGCAUGGUGUGCAUGUUCACAGCGGUGGUGACGGACCAUUGGGCCGUGUUGAGCCCAAGGGUGGAGAGCGUUAACAUUACGUGUGAAGCGGCCCAUUUCGGCUUGUGGAGGCUCUGCAAGAAGUACAUCUACAUCGAGGAGCAAGAGACGGUGGGGAAAGGGUGUGGACCCAUCAGCCAGCCAGGAGAUGUCAACUGCUCCUACUUCAGGCACUUCAAUCCUGGAGAAACCUCUGAGAUCUUUGAGGUUAAAACACAAAGAGAGUACAACAUAUCAGCUGCAGCUAUUGCUGUUUUCAGUCUGGCCUUCAUGAUUCUGGGAACUAUCUGUAUGCUGGGCUCCGCAAUGAAAGGAAAAGAUUAUCUCCACAAACCAGCCGGCAUGUUUUACGCAUUUGCCGGCUUGUGCGCCUUCAUCUCAGUGGAGGUGAUGAGGCAGUCAGUGAAUAGGAUGAUUGAGAGCGAAGAAACUAUCUGGAUGGAAUAUUAUUACUCUUGGUCCUUCGCCUGCGCCUGCACGGGCUUCGUCCUGCUCCUCCUCAGCGGCAUUGGCCUCCUCCUCCUCUCCAUGCCCCAGAUGCCCCGCAACCCCUGGGAGACUUGUAUGGACGCCGAGCCUGAACAGAUCGAGUAAAAUCCAUAGCUACGAAGCAUCCUGUUACGUUGCUAUCAUCCAGUCAUUGAUUACAGCAGAGGCUUGGAAGCCAGAGGUGUAAAGAAAUACAAGAGAUGGUAACACUUUGCUUGAACCCUGCUGCACAACAUUGACAUAACCAUGCCAUAAACAUGUCACAGAUUUACAAUGACAGCCUUUGUAUAGUAAUAUAACAGGUUACCAUUACUGGUCAUUGUCCUGAUAGAUCUCAUAAUGUUUGACGUCCUUGCAGUUUAUGUACAUGCUUGUUAUGUGUCAUAUGAAAGUGUCAUGAUAAAUAUGUCAUGAUGAAUGUCAUUUUUUAUAACAGGAUAUGUUUAAAUAUUAUCAUUUGCACUUGUUAUAAAAGAAGACAUUACAACAACUUAUAUAUAAUUUCUCAUAUUGGGUUAUGACUUCUAUCAUGACAUGUUUAUGACACGUUUUUGCCAAGUCUUUGACAGCAUUAUAACUUAUCAUUAAGAGCACACACGAACUUUCAAGUUAUUCCAUACUGUAUGACAGUUUUCAUGAAGGAUGUGUCAUCAAACAUUAUGACAUCCGUCACGACAUUUACCAGUUAUGGUAAUAUGCCACUCUAAUAUUACUUGACGUAAUCUGUCAUAACAGCAUAUGACAGCAUAUGACCAGGGGUCAUUACAAAAGUAGGCAGCUGCCUAGGGCCCCCAGGAAAAUGCAAAUUAAGCCCUAAUUGUGUUGGACUGUUUUUUACUAUUGAAGGAGUAGUAAUGUAAUUUGUGCAUGAUUUGACUGGCUGAUUAGUACAGUAUAAAGGAUCUGUGCAGUUUCACCAAAUUACCCCAAAUAGCCUGGAUAAAAACACCAUUGCAUGCAUGUUUACAUCAGCAUUAUGCAACAUGAACCACACUUCAGAACAAUAACAAUGGCAUGGCUUAUAGACAAUGACAUACAGACUAGCAUUAGGCUAGUAAAGUGGAUUAAUUCAACUUACGGAAUGCUGACCAACUAGACAGAAAAUGCAUUGCCUUGCAAGAGGUACUUUCUAAAUAUUUCAUUUUCCUUCUACUAGUAUUUCAUUCAUCACCAAAAUUGUUGUGGAUUUCAGAACUUGAAGAUUACUUAUUGGGUCAAAUUAAGCUUGGGUGAUAGGGCGAUGUAAUCGGAUCUCAUCAAUGACGGACUAGUAACCUGACGGCGAUGUGUAAAAGGCAAUAACCAUUUAAAGUUUUAAAUAAAAUAUUGGUAAAAACUUAGAGAGAGAGUCAAAGAGCACCAGAGAGAGA